AUGCAUGAUUUGUUGGAAGGAGUUGCUGGUCUGGAAGUUCAUCUAGUUGUUGCAGAUUUAGUCCAAUCUGGUUUCUUUGACCUGGACUUGUUAAAUAGCAGGAUUACUAGCUUUGAUUAUGCUCCUUCGGAUUCGAAAAACAAGCCAUCCCCAAUCACUAAGCAUAAGAUUCAGAAUCCAGAUGGUGCAACAGGGCAAACUGCAUCACAGAUGUGGUGCCUUAUUCGAAAUUUGCCUCUAAUAAUUGGCGACUUAGUUCCAGAAGGCAAUGAACAUUUGGAACUUCUCCUAAUUCUACUUGAGUGUAUGGAUUUUAUCUUCAGCCCAGAAGUUACUGUUGAGGAAUCCUUUUUUCUGAAGCAACUAAUUAAAGAUCACCACAGUUACUUUUUGCACUUGUAUCCAAAUCGUCAUUUGAAGCCAAAACACCAUUUCAUGACCCACUACCCCCACCAGAUCCGUCAACUAGGUCCACUGAUCAACUAUUGGACAAUGCGUUUUGAGGCAAAGCACAGAUUCUUCAAGCGUCUAGGGCAUAUUGUGUGUAAUUAUCGGAACAUUCUUAAAACACUUGCUAACAGGCAGCAAAUGUUUCUAUGUUACAACCUUAUGUGUGGGAAAGAGCUUGUUGACAGAGAUGUGGAAAUAGGGACUGGAUGUUCUACCCUAGUUGUUUCUCUAGAAAGAGCGCAGUUCUUGAGCAGAGCAAUUGGCGUUGAUCUUCUAAGUGAAAUUUUUGUUGCUAAGUGGGUAACUGUGAAUGGGAUCAAAUAUUGCAAAAACACUCUAGUAAUCAGUGCAAAAUCAGAGGAUUCUUUCCCCAUCUUUGAACUAAUUGUCUACAUUCUAUGUAUGGGAACAAAGAUAUCAUUUAUAACUGCCCCCUGGCAGACUGUCAAGUUUGAUCGCCAUACUCACACAUAUGCUGUUCAACCAGCUGUCAAUCCAAUUUGGUCUGUCAUCCCAGUUGAAAACUUAUAUGACCAUCAAGCAUACCAUGCUUCAAAAUCUUAUAAAGAAUGGGAACAUUUAAGUUAUGUUUCCUUACGCUAUAGGAUAAAUUAA